GGUCAGCGGCAUUAGUCUCUCCAACCCGAGGUAGCUGGUCUAGGCAACUUUGCCGCCAGAACUCAUGAUCACACGUCAUUUAACGGGCAUAACCAUGUUAUGAAUGCUGAGAGCUCUGAGACCUGGAGCGGGAGCGGCGGGGCUAUAAGGCAACCAUUUCGUCAAUUGCGCGCUGGUCAACUCUUCCUAGAAAAGGAAUUGCCCCCAAGCAGCCUUUACCAAGGCCAGUCACAAGAUGGACAAUACUUUUGCACGUAUGGAGAUUGCAGACAAGAACCCAAAAAGUUCUAUAACCUCCCGAGCGGACUUAGGAAACAUGCUCGUAAUCAUUUUAAGCCUGUGCAAUGCCCCGAGUGCACAGAAGAGAAGGCAGAACAGAACGAUAUGAAGGACCACGUUCGCAUUGCACAUCCGUCUCUUGCAGAGGCGCUAGGCAUCGCUGGAGAGACCUUGAUCUGUCCUCACUGUGGUGCUAAGUUUCGCAAUAGUCGUGAGGAUAAUAUGUCUAGACAUGUGAGAAAUUUCCAUCCGGUGGAAACGUCCGAGCUAGAAUAGACGAAACAUUAUAUCCGAUCGCCCUUGGCUGGUUCCAUUCUUAUAGUUAAUAUCCUUAUCUAAAUCUUAGAUAUAU